AUGGCCGCGCCCGAGCUGAGAGUGAGUGUCAAUAGCUUCCGCGAUGGCCCCACCGAAGGCAGCCAGACCUAUGCCAUCAUCGUGUGCAUGUUCGCCUCGCUCGGCGGCUUCUUCUUCGGCUACGACCAAGGCGUCACGUCCGGCGUCUUGAUCAUGGACUCGUUCCUAGAGGACUACUGCGUAGGCUGGCACAACUUCACGUACGAGGAUUGCACACGCUCGUCGUCCGAUCUCCCUGGGCAGUGGACCACGUUCACCGUAUGGUACAACAUGGUGUACAACCUCGGCUGCUUGGUCGGUGCACUGAUCGGUGGCUACGUUGCCGACCGCUUCGGCCGCCGCGCCACGAUCUUCUCGGCCGGCGUGCUCUUUUGCAUCGGCACGUGCUGGUUAUGCGUCACUCCGUCGCAAGAGCACACCAUGAUCUACUUCGCGCGUAUCGUCCAAGGCUUCGGUGUUGGCAACUCGUCGUUCUCGCUGCCGCUGUUCGGCUCCGAGAUGGCUCCAAAGGAGCUUCGUGGUCGUCUGGCCGGACUCAUGGCCAUCCCGGUCACUUUCGGCCAGUGGCUCGCCAACCUCAUCAACAUUCUCGUGGAGAAUACGGACGAGGGCUGGCGCAUCAGCAACGCCGUCUCGAUGAUCCCGCCCGUUAUCGUGCUGUGUGGCAUCUUCUGCGUGCCUGAGAGUCCUCGGUGGACGUACCAGCACAAGGGUCGAGAAAUGGCCGAAAACGUCCUCCAGCGUCUGCGUCAAACGGACAACGUACGCGACGAAUUGGACGCCAUUGGAGUCCAAAUUAGCGAAGAGGAGACCGGCAACAAGGGUCUGCGCGGACUUUGGGGGCCGUCGAUUCGGCGCCGCGUUAUCAUCGGAAAGGUGAUUCAACUGGGCCAGCAAGCCCCGGGCAUCAACCCCAAUAUGACGUACGGCUCGAUGAUCUUCAAGGACAUCACGGAUGCUGGCGUCUACGCCUCGCUAUUGCUUAGCGGUGUCAACUUUUUGAGCUCGGGUCCGGGCUUGAUUUGGCUGGACAAGUACGGACGUCGCUACAUGGCGCUGAUCGGUGCUGUGGGCAUGGUCAUCGGUCAUCUCUUCGCCGCCAUCCUGUUCACCGCUGUUUGCGACGGCAACGUCGACAAUGCUGGCUGCCACGGUUGCUACUCCGUCUCCUGGGGGUCCUUGCCGUGGAUCUACUGCUCGGAGAUUUUCCCGCUCAACGUCCGCGCGUCCGCGGUGUCCAUGUCGACGGCUGCAAACUGGAUCGGCGGCGCCGUCAUGACGGAAGUCGUGAAGCUGUUCCCAUACCUGAACAUCAACGGCGUCUUCUUCCUGUUCGCGGGUCUGGCUGUGUGCUGCGGGCUGUUCAUCUACUUCUUCUGCCCAGAGACCAAGGGCCUCCUGCUGGAGGACGUGGAGGGGUUAUUCAACCGUGGAUACAGCACCUCUACGUCUCCGUCGUUUGUCGAGGCCAAGACUCCAGUUGAGAGCAGGAAGAGCGCUGUCGCUGUGGUCUAG